AUGUUUCGCUGGUUUCGUCCAUCGUCCGCUCCGGACGAGAUCUAUUCGUCUUGCCUCCAGACACUCCAUCUCGGCCACGCGCUCUGGUAUCCAGAACCACACGAGACGGGAGAGCCACAGAUCUGUGACGUGGGGUUCAUCCACGAAGGCGCGUUUAUACGACUGUUCAACUUUGAUCCCGACUUGUCACAGGAGAAGAAGGUCAAAUUCUGGGAGCCGCCAUUUACGAUCACCGAACCCUUGUCUCGCAACUUGCUCAGGGUUGACCGGAGGCAGCGACCACUUGUUCCCGCCCACUAUUGUAGCCACGGAGUGGAGAGCAAGCAGAUGCAAGCUUCGGCAAAUGUGACGGCAGGUGCCAACGUAUCCGCAGCGCUAACGGCGAAUUACACCUGCAAGGCAACGCAGGGGGCGAUUCUCGAGCUCAACAGCAACGCCUAUACCGAGACGCUGUUCGAGAAUCAGGCCUUAGAGAAGUACAUCGUCAGGAACCACGACACAUGGUAUACUUACGCUACGGAGACCCUCGGCCAUCGACUGAAGCGCGAGAAUCUCGUCGUGGUCCGGGGCUGGGUAAAGACGGAAGCAGACUGGGCCGCGGUGGCAUUCGGCAACGUCAGUACCAGCUCUAGUGUGUCAGCCGAGGGAAAUGUCGGCGGCAUUGCUGGUGUGGGAGUCGGCAGGUCGCACUCGAGAUCUGUGACGGGUACGCCAAUGGAGCGGCAAGGUCAGCACUACUUGGCGGACGCAUCUCGGCGCCGUCCUGCGGAGUCAACGAGGGAUCAGUGCGUCUUGGUGAAGCGGUACAAGUUGCAAAAGCGGUUAGGGAUUCUCACGAAGCUCACUGCGGGCGCGGGCCACCACCGGCUUCCGGAUGCGGGCGACGGGCGAAGCGGACGGGGAGGGGAAGGAGUGGUGGUGCGGGAGGAAGAAGAUCUUAUUGACGCAGGCAUGUUGAACCGCCAGGGCGAUAUUCUCGACCCGUUGGACAUCCUCUUGGACUACAUGCUGGAGGUGAGUCUGCUCAUUCAACGCGGCAUGUGCGGCGCUAAUUGA